UAAUAUAUAAAGAACAGAAAUUCAUGAAGUCUUCAUUGCUUUUGUUUUAACUAUACUUAAUGUUUAAAGAUUUACCAAUUUCGUAAAUAAUUGUUUUUAAAAACAUGAAGUAUUUGUUAGCAGUUCUGAUUCUUGCUGUCAGUAAUGGCUUGAGUAAAGAAGUAGAGAAAAAACCAUUCAAAAGUAUAACGCUUACUGAAUUGAAGGAGUUAUGCACAAAGCAGAAUAACAGUUAUGAUUCAUUAACUGAAGCCAAAAAUUUGGCAAAUCAACUUGAAUCUUUAAGUUGUAACGAUACUAAUAAGGAAAAAUUAAUUGAAAAUUUAGUUAAUGAAAUAUUGCCUUGUUUUGACAAUGAAACUAAGCCUAGCGACAAGGAAUUAAAAAUUAUUUAUCAAGACAUUUCAAAUAAAUUAUGCCAUUACAAAAAAUUAUAUGAAUUUAGAAUUGACUUGGAGAAAUGUAAUGAAAAUAAAAAUAACCCAGAUUGCAAACCUGAGUUGAAUAAUCUGAUGAAUAGGAUUAUAUUAGACAAAGACAUGCUCUUUUUUACACUGUCAAUGUCUCAUUUCGAAAAUGAAUGCUCCCCUUAUAGGAAUAUAUCUGCCUGUACAGCGGAGAAUAUAAUCAAGAAAUGUGAAUCUGAUGCUACUACCUUGAUAAAUUUAGCCAAAGAGUUUCUGGAUACCAUGAAUUGUGUUUAAAUUGGCUGAUCAAUCCAAUCGAUUUAUUCAAAAGAUUUAUAAUCUUUGUAUUUGAAAUCACGAAUGAAAAAUAAAAAUUUUAUAACCUAUAA